CACAGCCAUCAUGUCCCCUACCCCCAGAAGCAUCCUCGUCAUCGGCGCCGGGGAACUAGGCACGCAAGUCCUUCGCUCGCUCGCCGCACAUCCCAACCGCGGCGCCACACAACUGACCGUCCUCCUCCGCCCCUCGCGCCUCGCUUCCCCCAACGACGCCAACGAAUCCACCGCCACCCUCCACACCCUCAACAUCGACUCCCUCCCCAGCGAUAUCACCACAGACCCCGAGUCCCACCUGACGCAGCUCUUCCGGAACUAUGACACCAUCAUCUGCUGCACGGGUUUCGCCGCCGGACCCGGGGUGCAGCUCAAGCUCGCGCGCGCCGUCCUCGCCGCGCAGGUCCCGCGCUUCAUCCCCUGGCAGUUCGGGGUGGACUAUGACGUAAUUGGUCGGGGAUCGGCGCAGGAGCUCUUCGACGAGCAGCUGGAUGUGCGGGUCUUGCUGCGCUCCCAGACUGCAACGCAGUGGGUGAUAGUGUCGACGGGCAUGUUCACGAGUUUUCUCUUUGAUGCUGGGUUUGGAGUUGUGGCUGCCGGUGCGGCGCUUGUGCGGGCGUUGGGUAGCUGGGAGAAUCGGGUGACGGUUACGGCGGUGGAAGAUAUUGGGAGGAUUACGGCGGAGGUGUCGCUUGGGGGGUCAUUGGGAGGGGGAUUUGGGAAUCAAGUGCUGAAGGUGGCAGGGGAUACGUUGAGCUAUGGCGAGUUGGCAGGGUUGGUGGAGAGGGUUACUGGGAAGGAGUUCAAGCGGGAGGUGAGGACGGUGGAGGCUGCGCGAGCGGAUUUGGCGAGGGAGUCUGGGAAUGGGUUGUUCAAGUACCAGGUUGUCUUUGGGGAGGGAACGGGCGUUGCGUGGGAUUUGCAGGAGACGUGGAACUAUCAGGCUGGAUUGCGAGCGUUGACGGCGGCGGAGUGGGCGAGGAAGUAUUGGGUGAAGUAG